GAAGUCAUGAUGACUUUCGACGCCUAUUUGGUUUCAGACGUAAAUACCUGCUUUGGGAGUUGGCGGUAGACGGAUGUAAAGUAGCUGCCUGAAUUUCAAAUCCGCUGCAGGUAAUCGAGAGGAUUUCCGUUUCUCAGCAGACCUGUCAUUCGCAGAUACAAUGGUCCGCGGGUGCAUCGUAGGGCAAUCGUUCGAAUGAGUAAUAUCUUUAAAUACUUCUCAUGGCGUCUCAGUCGUUCUUGGCAGGGAGGAACCGAUCUGGCCUAAUCAGAAAUUUCGGACCUAUACGGUGAGAAGACGACACCCAUUGAUGCUCCUCUUUCUCAAAGACUACUGUUUUUCCGGUCAUCCCUUCAUUGACGCUAUCUUCGUCUAUUUUUCCAUGGUUCAUAGGUAUCAACCUUGGAAAAGAUCUUGCCGAAGAUCGUCGAACGCUGCCGUAGCACAUCCAAACGCAGAGAGCGGACUGCUCAGCCAUCCGAUCCGGACUUCUUCUCCAUCUCCUGUGCAUAUUCCUCGAGAGAUGGGUAAAAAGAUGUACGUUGUUUUCAAAGGUCGCCAGCCCGGAAUCUAUUACACGUGGGAGGAGUGCCAUCAACAGGUUGAAGGAUAUUCUUCAACGAUCUUCUGUGGCUACAAAUCAGCGUCUGAGGCAUUUACUCAAUGGACAACUUUCUGCGAUGUGUCAUCUCAUCAGAAUACAGGAGUAAGCGAGGUGGCAGUGGAUUAUGACAACAUGGUCUUGACGCAUGGACCGCGUUGCGCUGCCGGUUGCAGCAACGACCUUAUAAGGAGCUCCAGAUCAGCAUCAUAUGACUGUCGGAACAGUGACGGGCACGAGACAAAGGGAGAUGGCGUUGAAGAAACGCCGCAUGCACUGGAGGCAUUGAUACGAAUAAUAAUCGGUUGCUUGAUUAUUAUCCUCGCCAUUCAUCUCUUCCCAUGCUGCUACUAGGUUGUUUUUGUUUUGUUUUUAUGGACGUUCUGGGAUAUGUUUUUGGACAAUGAUUUA